GGCAGUGCUGGAUACAACUCUAACCUGCAGACGCACAAAAUUACAAAUCAUUGCAAAAUAAAAAGCAUUUGGAGUAAUAAUUAAAAUUAAAUACCAGCACUAUAACAUGGCAGAGAAAGCUAGUAGCGAGGACGAGUUCCAGGACGCACUUAGUGACCCAAAUCCACCCAUUGAAAAACUAUCAACGACUACGUCAGAAAGUGAUAAAUUAAUCGACGAUAUUGUAAAAAGGAACAGCGAUUUGCGACUGGAUGAUGAUGGAGCGGGUGCCGUUAGUGCCAAAGAGGAUAGCGAUAAUAGUGACGUCAACGAUGACACAAAAGACGAUAAAAAUGAAUUGUUACAACCCGAUGGAGAAUUGACUAUUGAGGAAUUGGUUGCUCUGGAAAAAGACUUAAGUCCCGAGGCACUAGAAGCCAACAAAGAAAAGGCGGACAAGCUUAAGCUGCAAGGAAACGAACUGUUUAAAAACGAUGAUGCGCUACGUGCUGUAGAGGCUUACACUGAAGCGCUCAACAUUUGCCCAUCCACGAACAGCAAGGAGCGUGCAGUGCUAUUUGCAAAUCGUGCAGCGGCCAAAAUGAAACUGUCGUCCGUUAAGUCAGCAAUUGACGAUUGCACCAAAGCCAUUGAACUCUAUCCGGAGUAUGUGCGGGCGUUAUUAAGACGUGCAAAGCUUUACGAACAGGACGACAGAUUGGACGAAGCACUGGCGGAUUAUAAGAGAGUCUACGAAAUCGAUCCGGGUCAGCGUGAAGCGCGAGAGGCACAGGUGCGGCUACCUCCCCUCAUCAAUGCUCGCAAUGAGAAACUCAAAACCGAAAUGAUGUCCAGCCUAAAGGACUUGGGCAACAUGAUAUUGAAACCUUUCGGACUCUCCACAGCGAAUUUUCAAAUGCAGCAGGAUCCCAAUUCCGGCUCAUAUUCCAUUAAUUUUAAUCAGAAUAAUAGUUAGUAUAAAAUACUGUGGUGUCAUGUUUGUUAAAUGCUGAGAAUCAAGAUGAUAAAGUGUAGAAAAAAACAAACGCUUA